CUGGAAUUUCGCGAAGAGUUCUAGAUGGAAAAGCACAUAUUUUGCUCUUCAGAAAUUAGCUGCGGAUUCGGGCAUCAUUUAAAUCCUCUCAAGUUCUGUCAGGUUGGAUGGGGAGAGUCGCUGCACAGCUAUUUUCCGGUCUCUCCAGAGAUGCUUGAUCGUGUUCAAAGUCCGGGCUUUGGCUGGGCCACUCGAGGACAUUGAGACUUGUCCCGAAGCCACUCCUGCGUUGUCUAUGUUCUUAGGGUCGUUGUCCUGUUGGAAGGUUAACCUUCGCCCCCAGUCUGAGGUCCUGAGCGCUUUGGAUCAGGUUUUGAUCAAGAAGCGCUUUGUACUUUGCUCCGUUCAUCUUUCCCUUGAUCCUGACUACUCUCCCAGUCCCUGCCGCUGAAAAACAUCCCCACAGCGUGAUGCUGCCACCACCAUGCUUCACCGUAGGUAGUGCCGAUCAUAACAACAGUUCCCAAAUGAAAGCUGUCAUGCAGCAUGACGCCCCCAUGCAGAACCAGAACAGGGAUCAGGGGGUUAAACGCAACCCAAACGGAGAGGUCCCUGUUGGAAACCUGGUCGACAUUGACAAAACUUCGGUCACCAAAUCACUGCACAGAGACAGUGAGAGAGAAAGGGAUGGAGAAAGGGAGAAAGAGGGGGAUGGAAAGGCGGAUGGAGGACGGGACGCAAAUAGCGGGAAGGAUAGAGGAAGGAAAAGAGACACGGAGGGAGCGAGGGGUGAGGAGGAGAAGAGGUCGUGCUGCUCUCAGAAGCUGAAGAAAGUCCCUCAGUGUCACGUGGAGCUGGAGCAGCUGUCCUUCAGCAGAACUCACAACGUCCUCAUAGAUGUGAAUGAGUUCCACCAUAAAAGGACAUUAAAACCUCAUUCUGGACGUCAUGUGUGGCACAGUGACUUUGUUAAGAUGCCCUGCUCACCAGAAAGCAUCAUCAAGACUGGAUGGGUAACCAGCUCUGAGGGAAGUCGGUGGAAGGUGGUCUCUAAACAGCUGGAGAGUCUGGCCAAUAAGACCACUGCAUCAGUGGGUGACGUAGAGAAAGCCAUAAAGAAAUACAACCCAAAGUAUGAAGAGCAAUGGUCCUUUGAUGCCCUGCAUACCUUUGUUCAGAAAUCACCCAAAGAAGAGAAAUACUACACGUCUGUUUUUCCUAAGAUAGCAGAGCUGGCCUCCUGCCUGCCUCACUAUAUCAAGAAGGCUAUCCCUCUACUCCAGAAGGGCCAGACUCAGUCCAUCACAUUGUCCCAGAGACAGAUAGCUUGUCUGCUGGCCAACGCCUUCUACUGCACCUUCCCCCACCGCAACUCUCCCAACCCCAGAGCAGAGUACCAUAACUACCCCACCAUCAACUUUAACAGUCUGUUUGAAAAGUGGUCUGAGAGGAAGAGAGAGAAGCUGAGAGCCCUCCUUCAUUACUUCCACACUGUCACAGACCCAGCGACCAGGCUCAAUGGACUGGUGACCUUUGAGAGGCGCUACAUCAGAGACAAAGACAUGCCCUACUGGGGGAGUUGUAAGGAGACUGUUCCUAAACUCCACGUCACCUCAGCAGGCUGCAUAGAGGAACAGGGAGCAGGGAUGUUACAGGUGGACUUUGCCUGUAACAUGAUAGGAGGUGGAGUGUUGGGCUCAGGUCUGGUUCAAGAGGAGAUUCUGUUCCUGAUGAACCCUGAACUCAUCGUAUCUCGACUCUUCACUGAGAAACUAGGAGACAAUGAGUGUCUCUUCAUCACAGGUUCUCAACAGUUCAGUCAGUACAGUGGCUACAGUGACACUUUUAAGUGGGAAGGGCCUCACAGAGACGACAUUGAGAGGGAUGAGUGGCAGAGGCUACACAGACAGAUUGUGGCCAUGGAUGCUCUUCACUUCAGACACCAGAGAGAACAGUACAACAUGAAACAGGUCACCAGGGAACUCAACAAGGCGUACUGUGGCUUUAAGGCAGAUGGCAACACUUACCCAGACUUCCUUCCUGACAUCGCCACGGGAAACUGGGGCUGCGGAGCCUUCAAUGGAGACCCCAAACUUAAAGCUCUGGUACAGCUGAUGGCUGCAGCCAGGGCCAAGAGGGACGUGUCCUUCUUCACAUUCAAUAACUUCAUCUUGGAGAGAGAGCUGCAGGACAUGCACCACCUACUGGUCACACACAGAACUACAGUGGGUGAGCUGUAUGAGUUGCUGGUUGACUACUGUGCUGUGAUACAGUUGGCUCACACACAUGCGGACCUGUUUGACUGGAUCAGGAAUAACCUGAAACACAGGAGUCAGCUGUGAGGACACAUCUACAUACUCUAAAGGAGCUUCCUUUCCUUGUCUCCUUUCCUUUUUUUCACAUUAUUGAGAUGCACCCCAGAGAGAGUGGCUCUAUGAAUGAUCUGUGGAUAGAAACAUGGUACAAAUCCAAGUAAUGGUUGAUUAUGAAUGUGUUUGUCUUUUCAAUAGUUACACUGUUCCUAAAUCAAACUGAUACAUUUGUAACUACUGCAUACUGAACUAUUUAGAAAACGACUAAAUGUGAUGAUAAAACGAAGCUAAUGAAAUGAUGUCAACAAAAUCAGGGGUCCUGCUUUUUGAUUUGUCCCUUGAUGAUAGCCAACAACUUAACCAUCACCAGACAUAUAUAUAUAUAUAUAUAUAUACAUGCAGUGUACUGUAAAAUACUCUAAAAUUAUAAUUUUUUUCUUUAAACAUUUUGAAUAAAUUCCUCUUUAUAAUCUAGUGA